AUCUCGACCUGCACGAAAGUUAAAGUUCGCAUUAAAACUCGCAUCAUGAAAGUCAUAUUUCUCAAAAAUCUUUACUUGCUCGCCCACGGAGCGACCUUUAUUCUGAAAGCAUGCACCGGAUGUACCAGCUUCCGUCCUCUAGCCGAACCGAACUGUCAGCAGCAGAGGUCUCACCGCGGAACCGACCCAGACACAAGGCAGGUUCGGCUCAAGAUCCGGGACCGAACUUCACGAUGAGCCAGGAAAAUAUUUUCCUUUUUGUUCCGAAUUUAAUCGGUUACGCCCGUGUGGUUCUGGCGCUGCUGUCCUUCUACCUGAUGCCCAGCAGUCCGUGGCCGGCCGUCUUCUGCUACCUGCUGAGCGCGCUGCUGGACGCCUUCGACGGCCACGCCGCGCGGGCGCUGGACCAGGCCACCAAGUUUGGCGCCAUGAUGGACAUGCUGACGGAUCGCUGCGCCACCAUGUGUCUGCUGGUCAACCUGGCGCUGCUCUACCCCGCCUACGCCUUCCUGUUCCAGCUCAGCAUGAUCCUGGACAUCGCCAGCCACUGGCUGCACCUGCACAGCUCCACGGUGAAAGGCUCAGGAAGCCACAAAACCAUCGACCUCUCUGGGAACCCGAUCCUCCGGCUCUACUAUACCUCCAAGCCGGUUCUGUUCGUGAUGUGCGCUGGGAACGAACUCUUCUUCUGCCUGCUCUACAUCCUGCAUCACAUCCAGAACCCGGCAGGUUGGCUCCGCCCCCUCCUGGCGCUGUGUGGCGCCGUGGCGAUCCUGAAGGCGGCCGUCAGCGUCCUCCACCUGGUCACCGCCUCCCAGAACAUGGCCGCCCUGGACGCCGCCGAGCGCGCCAAGAGGCUCUGAGGUUCUGGUACCGGUUCUGGUCCGGCCCGAUUGAAAUGCCUCAUUUAUGACCAAAUUUCACAAAAUCACAAAUAUUCCAGCUUUCUGUGUUGCUUAGCAACCACAUAUAACACAUUAGAGACAAACCAUCCCAUAAUCCCUGGACUGGUCCGGUUCUGAUCCAGUUCCGGUCCGGUUCUGAUCAUGUGGCCCCGGGUCCAGCAUAUCUCUGGUUCUGGUGAACCUGUCGACCCGGGCAACAUUUGUUCUGACGGUUCUGGGCCCGCAGAACCUCAGCAGAACCAACAGAACCCGACAGAACUUCAUGAACUCAUCCGGGUCAAACCGGGCCCCGUUCUGGUUCUGGUCACUCCGAUUCCUUUGAUGUUGUCAUGAAAUGUUCAGUAUUUGGUGUCCAGAACCCGGCCCGGUUCUGGAGCUUUUAUAAUGAUGUAAUUUAUUAUUAUUAUUAUUAUUAUUAUUAUUAUUAUUAUUAUUAUUAUUAUUAUUAUUGUUGUUGUUGUUGUUGUUGAGAAGUUCCAAUAAAAUCUGGAAACUCACCGUUUCUCCAGAAAGAGGUUCUGGAGGUUCUGGAGGUGGUUCUGAGUUCUAUUGGACCGGGUCAUGAUGUCUUUGAUGCACUUUGUGUUUUCAUAGGAAUUCUGGGAAUUUGCUUCUUUAGUUUUUUAUUAUUUGAUGUGAAAUGAGAAUAAAGUUUUGCUGCAGCUGG